AUGCGCCCAACUGGCAGGGAUCACUUCACGAUCUCAGUCCUCUGCGCAUUAGCUCUGGAGGCAGACGCUUUUGAAGAAGAUUGGAAGCGUAAUAUCCUAUUGUUCUAUAUGCCAGGAACGGGGAAAGGAAGCGCUGCAAGUGUGUCUUCAAGACUACAACUUAGCUACCCUAGAAUUCAGCUUGCACUGCUUAUAGGUAUCUGCGAAGUGGCUCCUCGUGAUGUGAUUCUUAGUGAAGUAGUUAUUGAAUAUGACUUUGGCCAAUAUGAUGUUCUCGGACGACCAAGUCAACAAAUUCGAGCCCUUCUUAAAGCCCUUCGGGCCACAAAGCGUGUUCAACCUAAACCCGAGGAUAUUCCCUUUGAGGCUGCCUACCAGCACAAGCACGAUGAGAAGUCGUCUACAAGAUGUCUUUGUUUGCAUGAAGUCUCAGAGGAAGCUUGCAACGAACGUGGCUGCAAUGAGAGUACAAUUAUUCGUCAUCAAUGCCGCACAGAAAUUGACAGGCCUGCGACUUACAUUGGGGGAAUUGCAUCCGUGGAUACGGUGGUGGAAGGAGCAGGAAUAUGGGAUAAUACUUCACGUAUUGUUAUUAAAGGUGUUUGUGACUAUGCAGGCAACCAUAAAAACGAGUCAUGGCAAGCAUACACAGCCGCAGCCGGGGCUUCUGCUGCCAAGGCAUUCUUAGAAUCCUGGAGAUCUGUUUCUAGAGAAGGCUAG